UUGAUUUUAAUGCUUGAUCACCACUUGAAUUAACCACAGGUUGUGUAGCCAAAAUUAGAAGCACACAUCAUGCAUAAUUUUGGCAGAUUUGGGAGUGAAUGAAGGGGAUGUUUGGCAAACAUCAUGCCGUGUGUCCCCUUUGGUUUUGUGAAAGUUUCAUAUGUAUAAAACAUCCUUGGUUGAGAACCAAAGUUGCACAUCACAAUUUGGUUCUUGACUAGGAUGAUUUGAUCAAAUCCACACAUCAUAUGGUUGAUCAUAUCUAAGUGAAACAAACUCAAGAAAUAGGUGAAUGAAUGAGCAUAAACUGAUUUAACAAACAUGGGAUUAAUUUAGCUAUGGUGAAACCGAAUCCCUAGUUCCAUCUCCAUUGGUUUUAUUCCAUUUUAUUACUUGUUGAUUCAUUACUUGUGUUGUCAUCAUUCUUGUGAGUUUUUAAGUUACAACAACAAAUCUGUCUAAAGUUGCCUAGUUUAGUCAUUUAAUAUGGUUCUUGCAAAACAAGUGAUUAUAUAGGUCCAAUUAGUCCCUGUGGAUUCGACACCCUUACUUAUGCUAUUAUACUCAAUAUGUUUUAGCAUUAGGAAGGUUUAAAACAUAUCAUCAACAAAAAAAUGGCGCCGUUGCCGGGGACUGAUUUCAGUCCCUUGUAAUUGCUUGUUUAGUUAUGAACCCUUGUUAUGUUUAUUUUAAGUAGAGUGCUAAUUUAUAUUCAAACUUGUUUGUUUUGUUUUCAGGAAGUUUAUGUCAAAUAGACUUGUUGAGUUAGGCCAAAGAAUUGAACGGUUAAAGAGCAAUACUUUUGACAACUUUGUGCCAACAAAUUCACCCAAUUUCCGUGAAGAAGAGGAAGGGAAUUCGCCUAGUUCAACAAGUGAAGGAUCUAAGCACAUUAAUUGGGAAAGAGAAGAAGAGAUGGCGGACAACCAAGAUGAACUUCGAGCUUUGGAGGACUUUGCUCAACCAAUCAUACCAAAUUCUCCUUCAUGCAUCUUGCUGCCCACCGAAGCUAGAAACUAUGAUCUUAAAUCUUCACAUUUUCAUAUGCUUCCCUCGUUUUAUGGCUUACCUAAUGAAGAUCCUUUAGCUCAUGUGAAAGAAUUCUAUAAUGUUGUGAGUGGUUUACCUUUGCAGGGAGUAAGUGAAGCAAAUUUGAGGAUGAGAGUAUUCCCUUACACAUUGAAAGAUAGGGCCAAGAGUUGGUUGAUGACUCUAGCACCGGGUUCCCUCAUCACUUGGGAUGCCGUGGCUAAGAAGUUCUUGGAGAAGUUCUUCUCCACUCAAAAGACAGCCACAUUAAGGGGACAAAUCUUCAAUUUCAAACAAGAUGAUGGAGAACCUUUCAAUGAGUGUUGGGAGCGUUUUAAAGGCCUUUUGUUGCAAUGUCCACACCAUGGGUUACCUUUUCAUUUACAAAUGCAAAUUUUCUAUGAUGGACUAACCCAAACAUGUCAAUCAACUGUUGAUAAUGCAGCAGGUGGAGCUUUGAAGAAAAAGAAUGCUCAAGAGUCAUAUAACAUUUAUGAGAUGUUGGGGUCUAAUGCUCAACACAAAGAUCUAAGGGGUAAGAAAGUUGGAGUGUAUGAAACAAAUUCUAAUCAUGAACUUUCCUUGCAGGUAGCUAACCUAGAGAAGAAGCUUGAAGCCGUGCUCAACAUGGUGCCAAAAGCAAAUGAGGUGUGUGCCAUUUGCAACAUACCAAACCACCUUACUCAUCAAUGUCCAUCUAAAGAAGCCUACCCCGAAUUUGUCCAAGAACAAGUGAACCUCAUGAAUUCUUACAAUCAAAGGCCAAGGAAUGAUGUGUAUUCAAACACAUAUAACCCAAGUUGGAGAGAUCAUCCCAAUCUUUCAUGGAGGAACAACAAUCAAAAUCAAAAUCAAUUCCAAAACUUCCAACCAAAACCGGCCACUACACUUGAGGAUACGGUUAAGUUGUUAGCUCAAAACACCUUGCAAUUCCAACAAGCUACCAAUAGCACUUUCCAACAACAUUCGGCUGCCCUAACCAAAAUGGAGACACAAUUGGGACAGAUUGCGGAUGCCUUGAACCAAAGAGAAAUUGGAAAGUUUCCAAGCCAACCCGUGAUGCUUCAAAGGAACCAAGAGCAAGCCAAAGCAAUCACUACACUUAGAAGUGGUAAGGUUAUCAAUAAUAGAGUUGGUAAUGAAGUUACUAAUGAAUUUGAUCAUGUGAAUGCAGGGGUUACUCAAGGAGAAAAUGAGAAACCAAAUGAGGAACCAAGCCCUGCCAAUUCCUCAUUUGAAGCACCAAAUCUUCACAAGGCCGAGAAGCCUUAUACUCCACCAAUACCAUUCCCUGGAAGACUUGCCAAAAGCAAGCAGGAUAAGUCAUUUAAGGACAUUUUUGAUAUUCUAAGUAAAGUGAAUGUUAACUUACCUUUGCUUGAUGUCAUUAGGAACAUGCCAGCUUAUGGGAAAUUCUUCAAAGAGUUAAACAACUACAAAAGGAAGUAUGGACCACAUGAGAAGGUAGUGGUGUCUGAGAAUGUAAGUGCAGUGUUGCAAAGAAAACUUCCACCAAAGCUCAAAGAUCCAGGGAGUUUCUCUAUCAACAUUACUAUAGGAGAAAAUAAAGUUGAAAAAGCAAUGCUUGAUUUGGGUGCUAGCAUCAAUUUAAUGCCUUAUUCUGUGUACCUUCAACUAGGUUUGGGGGAAUUGAAAGCCACCACCAUUUCAUUACAACUUGCAGACAGAUCCGUGAAGUAUCCAAGAGGUAUAGUAGAGGAUAUUCUAGUUCAAAUUGAUAAACUAAUCUUGCCUGCGGAUUUUGUAGUGUUGGACAUGGAAGAAGCUCCUAUACAUGAUAGAGAGUUGCCUAUUUUGCUUGGAAGACCAUUCAUGGCCACGGCCAAGACUAUCAUUGAUGUGCAAAACGGACUCCUCACUAUGACAGUGCUAGGAGAGACCGUGCAAUUUAAAGUGUUUGAGUCUCUUUCUCAUCCUUCUUCAUCUCUUGAGUGCUAUGCCAUUGAUGUGCUUGAUUCACUUGUUUUCUCUAAGUUCUUGCAGGCACAAUCUAGUGAACCAUUACAAACUGUUUUGACUCAAUCUCAAGAUGAGUUUGAUGAAGAAGAUGCACUCAUGAAAGUAGUAGCUGCCUUGGAAGCAUUGGCACCGUAUCCUUUAAAUGUUUCACCUCUUGUAGAGCAUUUAGAACCAUCUAGGUCACAUUUAAUUCCUUCCAUUGUUAAGGCACCAAAACUUGAACUUAAACCACUUCCACCACAUUUAAAAUAUGCAUAUCUAGCUGAAUUUGAAACUCUUCCAGUUAUCAUAGCUUCUGACCUAAAUCCAAAUGAAGAAGAUAAGCUAAUGAGAGUGUUAAAAGAGUCUAAAUCAGCUAUUGGAUGGUCUAUUGCAGAUAUCAAGGGAAUAAGCCCUACCAUGUGCAUGCAUAGGAUUCUUUUGGAGGAUGGAUCAAAGACAACCCGUGAACCACAAAGAAGACUCAAUCCACACAUGAAGGAAGUGGUGAGGAGUGAAGUGUUGAAGUUGUUGUUAGAUGUGGGAAUCAUAUAUCCCAUUUCUGAUAGCAAAUGGGUGAGUGCUAUUCAGGUGGUACCCAAGAAGGUGGGAAUCACAGUGAUGACAAAUGAAAACAAAGAGCUUGUGCCCACAAAGCCCACAGCCAGAAUGGAGGUGGACAAAGCCAAAAUUGACAUAAUCACCAAGAUGGCACCUCCCACAACCGUGAAGGGAGUGAGAAGUUUUUUGGGACAUGCGGGUUUUUAUCGACGUUUCAUUAAGAACUUUUCAAUGAUCACUCGUCCAUUAUGCAAUCUAUUAGCUAAAGAUGUUGCAUUUCAUUUUGAUACAGCUUGUAUGGAUGCAUUCAAAACUUUGAAACAGGAAUUAACCUCGGCCCCAAUUAUUAUGGCACCAGAUUGGUCUUUACCUUUUGAAUUAAUGUGUGAUGCCUCUGACUAUGCUAUUGGUGCAGUUUUAGGGCAAAGGGUGAACAAACUUCCACACGUGAUCUACUAUGCAAGUCGGACUCUAAAUGAUGCUCAACUUAACUAUUCCACAACUGAAAAGGAGUUGCUUGCUAUUGUUUUUGCUUUAGAGAAGUUUCGGUCAUACCUUGUGGGAUCUAAAGUUAUUGUGUUUUCUGAUCAUGCAGCCCUUAGGUAUUUGAUGACAAAGAAGGAUGCUAAACCACGCUUAAUUAGAUGGAUACUUUUACUACAAGAGUUUGACUUGGAGGUUCGAGAUAAAAAGGGAAGUGAUAAUGUUGUGGCUGACCACUUGUCAAGACUUAAUGAGAACCAUGGAGUUGCACAACCUUUGCCUCUAAAUGAAUCAUUUCCAGAUGAACAACUCCUUGUUGUUCAAGAAAAAGAACCGUGGUAUGCUGAUUUCGUUAAUUAUCUUGCUUGUGGUGUAAUGAGAAAUGACAUUUCUUUUCAGGAAAGAAAAAAGUUCCUUGCCAUGGUCAAGCACUACGUUUGGGACGAACCAUAUUUGUUUAAAUAUUGCCCUGAUCAACUCAUUAGGAGAUGUGUCCCAGAGAGUGAACAACAAAGCAUUCUAACGUUCAGUCAUACAUUGGCAUGUGGCGGACAUUUUGGUGCCAAAAAGACAUCUCUUAAAGUUUUACAAUCUGGUUUCUUUUGGCCUACUUUAUUCAAAGAUGCUUUUGAUUUUUGUUCUAAUUGUGAUAGGUGCCAAAAGAUGGGGAACAUUAGCCGAAGAAAUGAGAUGCCAUUGAACAACAUUUUGGUGGUAGAGCUUUUUGAUGUUUGGGGAAUCGACUUCAUGGGACCAUUUCCAUCAUCUUUUGGCUACUUAUACAUAUUAGUGGCAGUUGAUUAUGUAUCCAAAUGGGUUGAAGCCAUUGCUACAAGAACUAAUGAUCAUAAGGUUGUUUUGCACUUUAUUAAAGAUGUGAUUUUUUGUAGGUUUGGAACGCCAAGAGCUAUUAUUAGUGAUGGUGGCAGCCAUUUCUGCAACAAACCCUUUGAAUCAUUGAUGAGGAAGUACAACAUCAACCACAAAGUGGCAACCCCGUACCAUCCUCAAACCUCAGGACAAGUGGAGAUUAGCAAUAGGGAGAUCAAAAACAUUUUGAUGAAGACUGUGAGCCCCACAAGGAAGGAUUGGUCGUUGAGGUUGAAUGAUGCACUUUGGGCGUAUAGAACAGCGUACAAGACCCCCAUUGGCAUGAGUCCUUAUCGUCUUGUGUUUGGGAAAGCUUGUCAUUUGCCAAUGGAGCUUGAACACCGAGCAUAUUGGGCCAUUAAGAAGUUCAACUUUGAUUACAAGGAUGCUGGAAUAGCAAGGAAGCUCCAACUUAAUGAGUUGGAAGAGCUCAGAAAUGAGGCAUAUGAAAAUGCCAAAAUUUACAAGGAAAGGACUAAGCUCUAUCAUGACAAAGCCAUCCUAAGGAAGGAGUUUCACCAAGGUAUGAAAGUACUUUUGUAUGACUCACGUUUGAGACUUUUUCCAGGUAAAUUGAAGUCUAGAUGGGUAGGACCAUUCAAAGUGUUGCAAACAUUUCCCCACGGAGCUGUGGAGAUAGAGAACAUGAAGAAUGGCACCUCUUUCAAAGUCAAUGGACAGAGAUUGAAACCAUAUUUGCAACAAGAGGAGGAAGGGCAAGUGUAUCAAAUUGUCGAUUUUCUUGAGUUUACAACACCAUGAACAAGUUCCAUGUCUUGCCUAGACAUUAAAUAAAGCGCUUGCUAGGAGGCAACCUAGUGUGGUUUGUAUUCUAUCUUCAUGUUGUGUUUAUGUUGUUACCAUUCCAUAUUAUUUACCUACUUGAAUUGCAUACAAUUUUAAGCAUCGAGGACAAUGCUUACCAUAGGUUUGGGGGUAUUUUGGGAUGGAAGGUUUGUUUUUGUGUUUGUUUUGGUUAAGUGUGCUUUUGCUUACUAAUUCGAAUGCUUAUGAGGACUAUGUUUGCAAACAAACUUUUGGGUUGCUAUAAAAAAAUUUUGUAUCUUGUGUCUUGUAUAAAGAUGUAAUUCUUGGAGAUAUGAUGAUAGAGGUACCAUACUCAAAUUCUGGAAGAAGAAUAGUGGAGACUACCCUAGUGAGUUAUUUUGAGCUUAAUUGCUUCUUUUAGAGGGUUUAAAGUGUUUCAACUCCUAUCUUUUUCUUUCAAUUUCACUUUAAAUGAUCUCUUUACUUCUAUUUUGUUUGGAUGCUAAGAAUUACUCUAUUUUGCAGAUACCAUGUGUUUGGUAUCAUUCAUGAAUGAACUCAAUGAAAUGAUGUUAGGCUAUGCAUGUUUUAACUACUAAAAGGCUUAAAUCCUAUCCCUUUGUGUGCUCCAUUCACCAUUGUUGCAGCCAAACACUUUAGCCUAAUUCUUUCAUCACCCGCACCAUACUCUACCCAUUCUAGCUCAAUAUAAGCCAUACCUUAUAGUUUGGGGAAUACCAAUUUGAUGAAAGCUUAAGGUAAAUUGAGUGAGAGAUCAAGAUUGUGGCGUGUACCGAGGGCACCUAUGUGAAAGUUGUUUCUAAGCAUAAAAGUUAUAAAAAAAAAAGAAUCAAAGUGGA